CGUUGAGGAGUUAAAGUCUCGGGGACCCUUUAUUUACUCGGUGUUGGAGUCCGCUCAGGCCUUUCUGUCACAAUGUGCCACUGUGAAUCCAGAUGACAGCAAAGACGUGAGUACUCAACAGCAGAGUGUCGGUCGCUGGGUGUGGAGGCAGGCCGCAGUGGCCGGAGACCUGUGGGAGAGUGUGAUGUCACGCAGUGUUCAGCGCCACAAACACAUGCAGUGUACUCUGGAGCGCCUCACAGAGCUACAGGGGGCUGUGGAGGAGCUGUGCCUGGACAUGGAGCAGGCUGAGGGGGUGCAGGAGGCCUGGGGGCCCAUAGGAGACCUUCUCAUUGACUCACUGCAGGACCAUAUCGAUGCCACCAAGUUGUUCCAGGUGGAGCUGACUCAGGGUCAGGAGGGCAUGAAGCAUGUCAACCAGCUAGUCCACCAGCUGACCAUCUCCAGUGUCCCCCUAUCAGAGGACAACACCCAGGGUCUGCAGCAACUCAACACCAGGUGGAAACUGCUGGAGGAGUCCACUGAGAAGAGGCUGAGGCAUCUGCAGGAUGUCCACAGAGACUUUGGGCCCAGGUCCCAGCAUUUCCUCUCUGGUUCAGUGCAGAUUCCAUGGGAACGUGCCAUAUCGCCCAACAAAGUGCCAUACUACAUUAACCAUCAAACCCAGACCACUUGUUGGGAUCAUCCACAAAUGAAAGAGCUCUACCAGGCACUUGCUGAUCUGAACAAUAUCAGGUUCUCUGCCUACCGAACAGCCAUGAAGCUGCGACGUGUACAACAGGCCUUGAGAUUGGACAAGCUGAGCCUUGGCUGUGCGGCAGCGGUUUUCCAGGGCCUGGGGUCGGGGUAUGAUGACCCCGUGACGGACGCUGUUGAGGUUAUGGAUGUCCUGGAGGUCAUCCAUGCUCUGACCAGCCUGUACGAGCAGCUGGAGGAGAAACAUGGAGUCUUGCUCGACAUCCCGCUCUGUGUGGACAUGUGUCUCAACUGGCUGCUCAACGUAUACGACAGUGGCCGUAAUGGGCAGCUGAGAAUCCUGUCCUUCAAGACAGGCCUGGUGUGUCUAUGCAAUGCUGACAUUCAGGAGAAAUGCAAAUAUCUGUUCUGGCAGGUGUCUGGGCCUGGUGGAUGUGCUGACCAGCAGCACAUCAAUGCCCUGCUUCAGGAGAUAAUCCAGAUCCCAUGGCAGCUAGGAGAGGUGGCUUCCUUUGGAGGGAGCAAUGUGGAGCCAAGCGUGGCCAGCUGCUUUCGCAUGGCUCCUGGGAAGACCACCAUCCAGCUGUCCCACUUCCUGGAGUGGAUGAGCCUGGAACCCCAGUCCAUUGUGUGGCUGCCCGUGCUGCAGCGAGUGGUCCAGGCAGAGAACGCCCAACACCAGGCCAAGUGCUCCAUCUGCAAACAGUGUCCCAUCAAAGGCUUCAGAUACAGAAGCCUCAAGCAGUUUAAUGUGGACAUUUGUCAGAGCUGCUUCCUGUCCGGGCAUACUACCAAGGCCAAGGCUUUAAUUUACCCCAUCAUGGAGUAUUACACCCCAACCACUUCAGGGGAGAGGAUGCGUGAUUUUGCCAAAACACUGAAGAACAAGUUCAGAUCAAAGCAGUACUUCAGCAAGCAUCCCCAGAGGGGUUACCUGCCUGUACAGUCUGUCUUGAGGUCAGGGAGUGAGGAGACGUGAGUCCACAGAAUUAGUUCUAAAGCCUGG